UUCUCGGGCCUCGUGCCUCUCAUUGCAAAGAUACGCAACUAGCCACGGCUGAUGGAUAUGGACUAUAUUGAUACAAGCUACAGGUUAAUACGUGCAAUUCGUGAAGGAAACCUAGAAAGAGCAAGGGAGAUACUUCCUUAUUAUGGACUAUCUUAUUCACAAGUAUGGAAAGAAGGAUAUGUUUUACUUUGUGAUGCUAUUGAGAAUAGGCAUACAGAAGUUAUUAAACUACUUUUAACAUACGGUUCUAAAGUUAACAGCAACACUGGUGAAACUUAUAAUACACCACUUAAUUUUGCUGUUAAAAAUGGUGACAUAAAAAUUGUUAAGAUGCUUCUAGACAGACGUGCUAACGUUAAUGCUACAACUAGGUAUGGCACAACUCCGCUUCACAAUGCGAUUGUAAAGGAGAAAAUAGAAAUUGCUGAAUUACUUUUAAAUCAUGGAGCUGACGUUAAUGCCAGUGAUAAAUAUGGUGUUACACCACUCUGCCUUGCUGUUAAAACAAGUCAUGUAGAUGGUGUUGCUAUGUUGUUAGACAGAGGUGCUAACAUUAAUGCUAUAUCAAAUAACGAUUAUUAUGACUUUUCUAGUUGCAUCAAUUGUGAAGAAAUUGCUGAUUUUCUUAAACAGCAUAUAGUUAAGAUAAAAGCUGCAAAUUUAUCUGUAAGUGAACAAGUAUUAUCAAUGAGCAGCAAUUUUGAAAUAAGGGAUUUACAGGAUAAAUGUGAAAAAGAAGUAGCAAUCAUGAAGAAUGAGAAAAUUAGUAAUACUAACAUAUCAUUUUACGAUAUCUUGAUAAAAGAUACAAAUCUACUAGCAAUAUAUAUAAAAAAUGAAAAUGUAGUGCAGGUUUUAAGAUCAGACGAGUAUAAAACAAAAUUUCCAAUAUAUUCUAGCAUGAUAAAAAAUCAGUUUAGAAAAGGUAUGAAAAAGAAAGAGUUGCUUGAACAAGGCACUAAAAAUUUCUAUUUUUUCUGUAACUUUUUUGAGCUACCACUUGAGUGUAGUGAACAGAUAUUUAGUUACCUAAGUGAUAAUGACAUAAGAAUUUUAAUAGAUACUUGUAAGUCUGUUAGUGUCAGUAAUCUUAGUACUGAUAUUAAUGAUGUAGAAAUUACUUUAAAUUCAUCUAAAGUGCUAUGUGUGUAAGUUAAGGAAGAACAAACUAUUUUAAACAUGAAAUAACAGCUAUAAAAACUUAACACUUAUUGCUGUAUUUUAAAUACAGAUUAGUAUCUUAUUUUGAAAUUAUUUUUGUUUUAAGAUUUUAUUUUAUUCUACUUUUUUGAAAGUUGUUUUUUACGUUUACAUUCUCUUGGACGUGUUUUUUUAUGGUGGAUUCAAGGAUAACUAGACUGUUUUAUAUCUUCCAAUUUUUCAAACUUUGUGUCAGGUUUUAUAACAUUUGUAUAACGCAAAAUUUAUAUACAUUAAUCCGAUGAUACUUUUUUAUUGAACAGAGUGUGACACGUGUAAUUGCUUUUAUUAAUUUGAAAAAUACAAUUAGAUUGGAAAGCUUUGAAUUAAUCUUUGUUGUUAUCACAGAUGUAUGUAUUUUCCUUAUAUAUAUAUAUA